UUCGUCGCGAUCGGAACAGCGCUGAAACCAGCUGGCCGCGAAACUUUAACUAGUGUCCACUUAGUGAAAAGGCAGGGCAAGAGUGAAGGAAGGAAUCUACUUCAAGAAUACGAGAUAUGAUUGGUUAUUGUGAACGAAAAACGGAGUGAAUUCUAAUGAAAAUGUUUCUGCCAAUCCUCCUUCUAAUACUCAGCAUCGGCGUCGUCACACCGGAGAGUCCCUUACAGAACAUGUUCGAUAAUCUAAGUUUCUUAUUUCUGUACGGUAAUCGCUCUUCCCGGGUGUCAGACACGGUUUCAUUUCGAAACAAUUAUGACUUUAUCGUAAUUGGUGCCGGCUCCGGUGGAUCCGUGAUGGCCAAUCGGCUUAGCGAAAACGGAAACUGGACCGUACUGCUGCUCGAAGCUGGCAACGAGGAAAAUUUGGUUGUUAACGUCCCCCUAACGGCGGGACUUACCACAGCUACGAGAUUCAGUUGGGGCUAUCGAUCGGAUCCGAUGGAGAAUGCGUGCUUGGGAUUGGAGAACGGGGUGUGCUACUGGCCAAAGGGUCGCGGACUUGGAGGAACGAGCCUUAUAAAUUUUCUUUUAUACGGCAGAGGACAUAAGCGAGAUUACGACGAGUGGGAACAAGCAGGAAAUUAUGGAUGGGGAUACAAAGACGUUGUAAAAUAUUUCCAGAAAGCUGAAAAGAUCAAAGGACAGAAAUCAAAUUCGGAGGGCUAUGUAAACAUCGAGCAAAGCUCAUACGAAACCCCCAUGCUACGGUGUUUCAUUGAAGCAGGUGAAGCUUUAGGUUACCAGGAAAUUAACCCAAACGAAAAAAUCCAGCUUGGAUUCUACAAAGCACUGGCGACUAUGGUCAACGGCGAACGAUGCAGUGCUUCCAGGGCUUACUUACGUCCUGUUGCCCAUCGUUCUAAUCUACACAUUUCGAUGAAAUCUUGGGUGACGAAAAUUCUUAUCGAUCCAGAUUCUAAAGCAGCCUAUGGUGUUGAGUUUAUUAAAGGUAAACAACGCUAUCAGAUUAAAGCAACGAAAGAGGUAAUACUCUCAGCAGGAGCAAUAGCAUCUCCGCAACUAUUAAUGCUUUCUGGAAUUGGUCCGAGAGAGCAUUUGAAAUCGCUGUCAAUUCCUACGCUGAUGGAUUUAAAGGUUGGUUAUAAUCUACAGGAUCACACCACCCUAUCGGGGUUGGUUUUCACGGUCAAUAAACCUGUCACAAUAAGAGAGCAAGACAUGCGACGGCCAGAAAACUUUCUAAACUAUAUGAUUAACCGCAAGGGACCGUUCACCGUUCCUGGUGGAGCUGAGGGUAUAGCGUUUGUCAAAACCAACAAUUCUGACCUGCCACUGGACUAUCCUGAUAUGGAACUUGUGCUUGGAACAGGCGCCGUUAAUAACGAUGAGUCAGGCUCCUUGCGGCAUACCUUCGGGAUGACCAAGGAGUUCUACAGUAAAACCUACGGAUCGGUUAGAGGUGUGCAUGCUUUUGGAAUAGCACCGGUACUAAUGCGACCCCGGAGCCGUGGAAGACUAUAUCUGAAGACCAAAAAUCCCUUCAAUUGGCCCCACAUGGAAGGUAACUUUUUCGAUCACCCAAAAGAUAUGUCCACAAUGAUCGAAGGAAUCAAGUUGGCAGUUCAAAUAGGGGAAUCGAAAAGUUUCGCACCUUUCGGGGCGAAACUGUUGUCUACUCCAUUCUUCGGCUGCGAAAACGAACGGUUUCGCAGUGACGAGUACUGGAGGUGCUGUGUUCGGAAAAUAGGCGCCAGUAUUCAGCAUCAGUCGGGUACCUGCAAGAUGGGUCCAGUCAGCGAUAGCGAUUCUGUAGUCAAUCCAGAGCUUCAGGUACACGGAAUAGGGAAUCUCCGGGUGGUGGAUGCGUCGAUAAUGCCAUUUCUACCUGCGGCACACACCAAUGGUGUGGUGUACAUGAUUGGUGAGAAAGCCGCCGAUAUGGUGAAAAAAUAUUGGGCGAACAGUAUCGAAAACUCUUGAAAAUAUUGCUACAGUAAUAACGUACAAAUUAUGACAAUAACUUCGUUAGCUUCCGGAAACGAAACUUCUACUGGCUAUCUACAGAGCGUCACAGCCGUAA